GCCUUCGCGGCUCCUCCGCUCCCGUCGCCGCCGUCGCCGCCGCUGUUGCCGCGGUAGCUGAGGGUCGGGGAGAGGAGGAGCUGUCGCGGACCCCGGGGGGUCCGUCUCGGUCGCUGUUUUUGCCUGAGGAGCCUUCGUUCCUCGGUCGUACCCUGACUCCCGCGGUGUCGAGGGGGAGUCCCUGCGGACACCUCAGCACGCAGUGGAGAUGCCUCUCUUUGCCACCAAUCCCUUCGAUCAGGACGUCGAGAAAGCAACCAGUGAGAUGAAUACUGCUGAGGAUUGGGGCCUCAUUUUGGAUAUUUGUGAUAAAGUCGGUCAGUCUCGCACUGGACCUAAAGAUUGUCUUCGGUCUAUUAUGAGGAGGGUGAACCAUAAAGAUCCUCAUGUUGCUAUGCAGGCUCUGACUCUUCUAGGAGCAUGUGUAUCAAAUUGUGGCAAAAUUUUUCACUUAGAAGUAUGUUCAAGAGAUUUUGCUAGUGAAGUAAGCAACGUAUUAAACAAGGGUCAUCCUAAAGUGUGUGAAAAAUUAAAGGCUCUUAUGGUUGAAUGGACGGAUGAAUUUAAGAAUGAUCCACAGCUUAGUCUAAUAUCAGCAAUGAUUAAGAACCUUAAGGAACAAGGUGUUACGUUUCCAGCUAUUGGCUCUCAGGCUGCAGAACAAGCAAAAGCAAGCCCAGCUCUGGUAGCCAAGGAUCCUGGUACUGUGGCUAACAAAAAAGAAGAAGAAGAUUUAGCGAAAGCCAUUGAGUUGUCGCUGAAGGAACAAAGGCAGCAGUCAACCACCCUUUCCAGUUUGUAUCCAAGCACAUCUAAUCUCUUAACUAACCACCAACACGAAGGCCGAAAAGUUCGUGCUAUAUACGACUUUGAAGCUGCUGAAGAUAAUGAACUUACUUUUAAAGCUGGAGAAAUUAUUACAGUUCUUGAUGACAGUGACCCCAACUGGUGGAAAGGUGAAACCCAUCAAGGCAUGGGGUUAUUCCCCUCUAAUUUUGUGACUGCGGAUCUCACUGCUGAACCAGAAAUGAUUAAAACGGAGAAGAAGACGGUACAGUUUAGUGAUGAUGUUCAGGUAGAGACGCUAGAACCAGAGCCGGAACAAGCCUGCAUUGAUGAGGAUAAAAUGGACCAAUUGCUGCAGAUGUUGCAAAGUACAGAUCCCAGUGAUGAUCAACCAGAUCUUCCAGAGUUACUUCAUCUUGAAGCCAUGUGUCACCAGAUGGGACCUCUCAUUGAUGAGAAGCUGGAAGAUAUUGACAGAAAACAUUCAGAACUCUCGGAACUCAAUGUUAAAGUGAUGGAGGCCCUGUCCUUGUAUACCAAAUUAAUGAAUGAAGAUCCAAUGUAUUCCAUGUAUGCAAAAUUACAGAAUCAGCAGUAUUAUAUUCAGUCAUCCGGUGUUUCUGGUUCUCAGGUGUACCCAGGCCCUCCUCAGGGUGGUGCUUACCUGGUCGCAGGGAGCGCACAACUGAGCCAGCCCCAGAGCUACAGCCUUCCGCCAGAGCAGCUGUCUUCUCUCAGCCAAGGAGCCGUGCUGCCUGCCGGCCCAGCCCUUCCCAGUCAGCAGGCUCCGGCUUCCUACCCCAACACGAUGGGCACUUCCGUUCCAGGAGGCACGUAUCCCAGCCAGCCUUCAGUGUACAGUCCCCCUCCUGCCGCCGCUGCCGCCCCCGACGUCGCCAUGUACCAGAACGCAGGCAGCAGCCUGUCCCAGGUGCCGAACUACACUUUAACGUCAGCGCUGCCCCAGCCGCCUCCGCCCCAGCAGCCGUACUCUCCGAAGGCCCUGCUGUAGGGCUGGGAUUCCUCUUUGUGGCAAAUACCUGCUAAACGCCGAUGACAAUGUUAUGAGAUUCUUUGAUAUCUUAAGAUUUGUUUAUCCUCAGCUUAUAGGAAUCGUAUCUUGGUCAGCAAGUUCCAGUAUUCAAGAAGGGAGACCUCUCUUCAAUUUGCACUGACUUUUUAGAGGUCCUCCCCUCCCCCUCCCCCAGAGGAAUGAAACUACUUACAACAUCUGAUUCCUUUCGUAAUAUGAAAGAAUCAGUGCAAGAUUAUUUGUCUCGUAAAAUUACCUGGUCUGCAGAAAGUCAAACUGGCAAGCACCGUUGUAGCAGAUGUGUGCAUAGAUCGCUGUGUAACUUCACUCGUGGCCACUUUGAAUCACGGUGGUGAUCAUGUGAAUAUAUUUAACACUGUUAACUUAAUUGGCAUUGCUGUUUUAUUUUAAUCAUGAGCAACUACCAUGUUUCAUAAUGUUUUGUGUAAAUUUAAGAGAAUUACACUGUCCUUUUGAACUGCAAGAGAACAACGCUUUAGCAUAUGUACAUGAAGGCAUUAUGUUGUCCAUGUUUCAGUUUCCCAUUAAACUGAACCUUCCUUGGAGUAAUUGUGCGCUGAACACACGUAUGUUAUGUCAUUGUGUGGCCUCUGCAUUCUACUAGCUGUCAUCACACCAGCGUACAGUAGCUAAAUUUUUGGUGCAUUUAUAGGAAAUGAUGAUGUUCCCUUUUAAACUUUUACAUUUUGGCAUGAUAUUUCAGAAUACUGUGGGACCAUGAGACAAAAUUAAGUUGGACCACAUUCUUUAUAUCUUACUUUUAAAGAAAUAAUGUUAAUUUACUUUUUCCUAGUUGAAGAUAGUAAUUAGGUUUCUAAGCUGUAUACUGUGUUUAUUGGUGGCAGUGACACCAAAGAUAGAGGCAUUGGAUAGAAGCUUUGAAACUGGAAAGAAAACAUGAAUUACACUACGUUUUCAAAGUCUCUUGUAAUUAUUUAGGCUAUAACAAAAUUUGAUUCAUCUGUCUUAUUCCACUGCUAGUCUUUUAAAUAUGUCUUUAACACAGUGUAUCCUUUAAUUCUUCAUUAAAAUGGAUGUAAGUGGAUGUUUCAAAGUCAUCUAGAUUCCUGGCUUUGCUUAACAGUUUAUUUAUUCUUGUCUUUCAAACGGGAUUUAUGGGCUGCUCUCUCUCUUCUAAAGUUCUAAAUGGAAUUAUUUUGGCUUCUUAUUCAGGAGUAGUUUGAAUGAAUGCUUUUCUUUUAAUCCAUAUGUAAUAUGUUUUCUACUGACAUUUUAAUCUCCUUAAAUAUUUAUAAUUUCCCUAGUCUUGUGCUAUUAUUUAACACUAUUAUUUAAACAACUGAAAAAUUGAGUUGAGCAUCGUAGUAAAUGAAUUGAUUUAGUAACAGGUGUCACACCAUAAAUGAAGAUUUAAUUUGUAUUUUCUCAGACUAUUAUGAUCAGGUACUUGCUUUCCUUUUGACAAAUGAUUCCAUCUUUGGCAAGGUAGGUUCAAAUUUAAAUCCUCAUCUUCAACUUAGGGUGUUUCACCCUAGUGUUGUGUUUUCCUGAGUUUAGAGUACGUUGCCCUCAAAUAGUAGUUUUAAAAUUUGAAUUCAAAGUUUACAUUAAAAUUUUUUUAAUACGUUGUUUUUUGAUGAACGUUGUCAAAACAUUGUACUCUUUCUCAUUCCAAUUUGAAUACUCUAGUUUAAGUGAUACACUUCGUCUCAAGUCAUAUUGUAUUUUUCUCUUUGUCUUUUGAUGAAUUCCUGUUUACCAAUGGCAAAUGUAUCAUUUUUCCCAUUGUAUUUUGAUAUGCUUCAUGAUGUAAAAUCAAUGAUAUAUUCUCUAGUAUGUGUUUUGCCCUGUAAAAGUCAAAGAAUGGUGAAAUGAAACAAGACUACCCUUAUUACAAUGCAUAUGCAAGUUUCUUUACCUUUAUAAAGAUUUAAAUGAUGAAUACUUAAAACUGAUACUAUAUUAGUUUGCAGUUUUCACUUAUUAGGUAUAAAAAUAGCAGACGGAAAAAAUUCCACUGGAAAGGAACCACUGGAUUUUUCAUCUUUCAGAUGACAUAGCAAGGACGGAAAUAGGAAAGGACCAGUUAGGAGCACAGUGAUUUUGUUCUGCAACCAGUGUAUGUGUUGCACUUCCGUAAAAUCUUUCUUUGAAAGAUAGCUGUCCCUUUUUAAAGGGAAUAGGAUUAUUUAUAAAAAGAACUAACUAUAAUAUGAAUUUCUGUGAAGCAAAUUUUACUUCUCAGUUUAUUUCCUUUAUAAAGUUUGUGUAUCUAUAAGCCAGUGACAUUUGAAUGGAAAAAUUCAGCCCAGUUAUAUACUAUCUAGCUUGAGUAGCCAACAAACCCCACAGUCAGUUGGAUGGACAAUAUAUCAGUGCCCUAAACCUACCUAGUAGGAAUAAUAUGUAGUGUGUCCUUACCAUGAUUUUGCAGUCUUUUCUAACUCCCUGGUCCUGCUCCACUGUUACCUGUCUCUCCUACUCGGUGAUGAACCUUUUCCUGUGCCCAGAGAUUCCCUUCUUUAUAUUAAAAACUUCUGGACCUUG